AAGACUUAUGUAGGGAGAAACUGCAGUUGUGUGCAGACCAUGGCAAAUAAAGCAGGAAUAAGUGAUGCAUUAUCAGCCUUUCAAAUAUUGCAAAAAAGUUAAGUGUAUCAAACCAUGUAGUACAUAUAGAGAGAAUAUGGUCUUAGGAGUUGGAAUAGGAAAAAGCAGACUAAAGAGUACAUGUCUCAGCAUUUAAAGCAGUGGGACUUGAAGUAGUGAAGAGUGAUCUCGGAAAUGAUAUUAAGAACAUGAUAGAGGAUGAGGUUAUCCCUGAGGACAGGAGGUUUCGGUGGUUACUGUCAGUCUGGCAAAGCACUUCAAAUGGCAGAUAUUUUUUUCCUGGAAUCAGGUUCCCUGCAAUAUAUUCAUUAAUGCAGCAUGAUGGAAUAAGGAGUAGUUAUAAUAUAUGUCCAGGGCAUCAAGCUGGGAAGAGAUACAAACAGUACAGAGGACUGAAUUAUAAUUCAAAAUGAUCUUGAUAAAUGGGAGAAAUGAUCUGAAACCAAUAGCAUGAGACUCCCUGAAGAGAAGUGUAACACUGAACUGAGAAAGGUGAAAUCAAAUACACAAAACCCAAGCAAUCAAUAACCAGCUGUACAGCAUCGCAGAAAUUGUGAAAAUGAGGGUGAACUCCCCCAGACUCAGCAAAUGUUUUGGUUUUGAAAUGAAGUCACCACUGUACAGCAUAUUGAUUCAAGUGUCCUACGUAAGAUGGGAGUGAGAAAGAGAGAGUUGUUAACGCUCAUGAAUGUGGUGAGGUCUCGGUGUCCUGUUUGGACACUGAGCUUUGAAAAAGAUGAAAAUAAAUUGCUCUUUGAAUAGAGUAUCGAGGGGCCCGGGGAGGUUUGGCAAAUGUGGCUCAGAGUGAUGAUGAUGAUGAUGGGGAGGUAAGGGAUUAUUUUGUCUAAAGACUCCAUGACAGUGGAGAGUGGAGAAGUCUCGAAAAAAAUUAGAGGUUGUUUCAAAGUGGACAGACAUUGAAUUCUUCACCAGAUUCACUGAGGCUAGAAGAAGUAACCAGCUUCAUUUGAAAUGGGAAAGAUUUAGUUUAGAAGUGCUUUUUACCAGGAAGGUUGUGGGGCGGAUGGCUGUGGAGGCUCCAGCAUUGCCACUGCUGGAGUCCUGCUGACCCCAUGUCCUGAGGCUGUGUGGUUGGGUUUUGUCCCCUAAUAACUGUUGGCCCUGGCAGCUGGUUUCAGUCACGUUGGAAAGAAGGGUGAGGUCUCAUUUGACAGCAGGGUGAAAGUGUCCCUUCGUGAGAAGGCUGCAGUGGGAGCUCGUCACUUAAUUAUGGGAGAGUUAAGACCAGGAAGCAGAAAAUAGACAAAAAGCAAGUGAAGUGAGAGAGGGAGACUUUGCAAAUAGCUUUGUUGUGGGUUAAUGUAAGUCAGGACAUGCUUCUUCAUAAAUACAAGUGAGUAAAGCUCAAGACAAACCUCAAGCUGCCUUAACACUGAUUUGCAUAAAACAAAUCCCCAAAUCCCCUGCCAGCCAGCACAAGCUGAACAUACAGCCGACACGAUGCUUCCUGGAGCAGAGAAGUCUGCAUUUUCAUUCAUUUUCAUUCAUUUCAUUCAUUCUCAUUUCAGUUUUUGGAAGACCUUCAUUUGCAGACUUUCAUUUUUAAAUGGGGCCACUUUCAGAGGAUGUCAACUGGGCUCCGCGAAACAGAAGCACCUCCAGUCUGCGUUGGGAUCCUGCCAGCAUCCUCUCUCUGUUUUACAGUCAAAUAGUUCCCUAUUUCUUGUGAGCCUUUGCCUGACUCUCUCCAAAGUCCUUUCUAGUUUACUGAUUGACUUUGCAUUUGCUGUUAAUUACAGCUUUCCUUCUUGGCUUUAAGAGGGUUAAAUUUCUAAUGCUAAAGUUUUGGUAGGGCUAUUAACAGGUGGGGUAGGAAUGUUACAGACACAUCUUUGUGUUUCAGAAGCCCAGAUAUAAAGGCUUAUGUGCAAAUACAACAGCAGCUUAUUGUCCAGCUAGAAUCUAAAAUGUGUGUUUAUUGGAAUAUAUUAAUCAUUGAAUAUUUUAUAGACUAUUCUGUGGGACCUGUGACUACAGGAUACCUGCUUGGAUUGAGAAGAUACUUGGUAGGAUCUCACUUGCCUAACAAAGGCAUAAAAAUUGUGCCCCAAAUAAAGUGAUCAGAAAACUAACACCUGCAAAAGGUUUCUGAGCAUGUGGCUUGAUGACUGCUGAAGUCAGGAAGAGUCGGGCUAGGAGACCCUGACUCCUUACAAUGCAACCUGCAGAUCCAUCAUCUCCUUUGGGCCAGAGCCGCAAGUUCAGGGAGGUGGCUGGGUGGAAAACUAUCUCAGAAAAAUAACUGGAAAACCUUGCCUUCCAUUUAGGUUUGUUUAAGCUUCUGUGGAUCUUCCUCCUUGGUUCCUUAGAUAGGUGUGAAACAGAUGCUUUGAAAACCUUCAGAGACAAAGCCCGUCAGUCUAAAAAUUCCUAAAGAUUUAAUAGUGUGUGGCCUUUUAUAUGAGCAGGAUUUUUCUGCUUGUGCUGGUGGGAUGAGGUGUUGAUGCCAAGAUCAGCCCAUACAUGCAUGUCUUGCUAAACAAGAGGUGUACGGUGUAUGUGGUGCAGGUAAUUAUGAACAUUGCUUUGAAGUUUAUUGCCCACACAGAGUUUUGCCUCGGGCAUUUCUUUGCAGUGAGCUGACAGUGCUCUUUCUAAGCACUUUGGUUGUCAUAUCCUCCCUCUGGCAGGAUCUUUAUGUGGGUGAGAAGAGGAGGAAACGAAGCCAAAGCUUUUGAUGAGAAUCGUUUGCAAAAGAACCUAAAGCUUUGCAUGGCCCUAUCUUGGGUGGGGAUUUGAGCUGGGCCUUGAGCUAGUGACAACAGCAAGAGAUUUAUCUGAUUUUUCUCAAUACCUGGACAAUGUUACUAUGUGAGAUGCCGGUUUCCAGUGUAACAAGAUCCCAUGUGGUUAAGCAGCUUUGGAGUCUGUUGCCCGUGCAGCCACGUGAUGUAAUGAACGCAUUGCUCAGCAAUGUCUGGAGCAAGCAGGGCUGCAGAAAUUCAUCCCUCCAAGAGAACGACAUUUUCUCCAGGAAGUGUACACAGGCACUGCAAUAAAGCUUCUUUUUUUUUUUUUUUUUUAAACCAUUCACUAAGACUAACAGUCACGAAGAUACUUGAUUCACUCUGUUCCUAGCCUCCAUGGAUCCUCUAGCUUUUGGUGAGCCGUGAAACCAUAAUUCCCAGGCAAAGGAGUCUUCUCUCCUGUGACGUCUCUCAGCAUUAUCUCUUUGCAUGAAAGUGAAUGACUUCCGCAGCAUGUGAAGCUCUUCUGGGGGGUCUGUCUGACUGUGUGUUAGAGCCUACUGCUUUUCUUCGGAGUACAGCAGCUGGAGAGGAAACUUGCACCCACCCGUUGUACCAGCACAGCCUCCUGUUUUGAGGAGGGUUACGGUUCCCCCUUCUGCAACUUAUUCCUGUUUUUCUGUGCUUUAACAUGACCUUUUGCUAAAUAUACAGUGACCCGUUCUCAGCCUUGAUCUUCGUUCACCUCUUCUGAUUUCUCCAGCCCUAUCGUCAAUGCUUAGCUUUCAUUAAUAUAUUCACGGCAAUUAAUCUCACACGACCUUGGGAUUUGUACUUCGUGAGUCCUGCCCAGCUGAUCGAGGAGGAGGACAGCCUUCUGUCUGUGCCACUCUUCAGCUCUUCACAGCCUUUAGGGUCCAGCUCCAGCUCUGGACCCCCACCCUGCAAAAGGUUGGGGCUGCGGGACCGGAGACAUCCCUGCACAGUGGUGGGACAGCCCAGCAUCUGGGCAGUGUGGAGUGGGAUGGUGGCAGAUAAAGGACAGUGAGGAGGAGGAGGAGGGAGCUGAGCUGGCUCCCCAGGACCAUGAAGCGAGCUGGACCAGGUAAGCCUCUGCCAGCUGCUGUGGAAAUGAAGCAGAAGGACUUGCUGAACGUUUCUCUGCUGUUUAGCUAGGGCUUGGAGGUGUCCUAAAAAGAAGGUUCAUAGGCUGAACGAGGCAAAGUCACCAGAGAGAUGUCGGCAUUGCAUAAAGAAUAAGAAGAGACGUAGAGAGACACAGAGCCUGGGGAGUGCAGGAGAUGAGAGGAUGCCCCUGGUGUUAGCACAGGAGGUGGCAGGGGAAGAUUUGGGGGGGACCCAUCUCCAAAAACGGGCAGUUGUUCUGCAGCAAAAGGCAAUGGAGCCAAACGUGGUCUAUGCUGCACAAAGAGGUAAAAGCAAAGCUGCUUUUGCCGACGAGCUCAUCCUGGCUGGGGAAGGCUGUUUCCCUCCUGCAGCUCCCCGAUGGGCUGGGGAAGGCUGAGCUGCCCUCACCCUGCUGCACCAUUUGCUGUCACCUCCUGGGGACUGUCCUCCAGAGACUCAAAAUUCUCGACAUGUAAGCCAGAGAGCCUUGAUUCACCUCUAACUUAACGUGACAGCAGCAACAACAGGGUGGGCUAGAAAAUGCCUCCUUGCUCAUGGAAAGCAGGAUCUCGAAGAAGUCGUCGGAGGGAAUGUGAAUGAGGAUUUCACAAUCUGCUCCCCAAGAGGAGAGCAAGCCGGCUGCCUGCUGCCUUGGGGCUGAACCAGUGUUUCUUAGCAGUGAAAGACAAGGCAGAUAUACAAAGUGCUGGAUUUCUGACAAUACGACAUAGAGUCCCUCAAGGAGAGGCACCUUCAGCAUGGCCCAUAAAAGCCAAGCUGGUGGAAUUGAGAAAAACAGGUCGCUUUCCUCCAUCCUGUACUGUAAGAGUGAUUUAAAGGAAGGAUCCAUGCAGUGGGCGAAAGAACGCCCCAAUGGCCAGGUAUUCAUGGUGCUCAGCAUGGACAACAACUGCUCAGCCACCUCCUUUGACAUGGAGCUUUGUGCAGAGAAAUUGAAGUCCCUUGGGGUUCAGGUGGCAGAGGAUCAGUGGAGAAGGUUAAUCCAGGACGCUGUCCUGAAGCCUGAAGUGAGACGGUACAUGUUCUACAACUCCAGGGCAUUCCAGAUAGCCAUCGCCGUGGUUUUCUACAUGUCUCUCUGGACAAACAUUUACUCCACAGUCCAGCUGUGUUCCUUCGGACGCUACUGGGAGGCCAGCGUGCUGGUGACCCUGGCUGCUGUAGCAGUCACUGUAGUUGUGAUACUGGUUAUCGAUUGUCGCCAGAGGAAGAUAAACGUGAAUACAGAUGUGAGGCUGGCAGCUGUCAAUGAAAUCUUUAUCAAACAUGGUUUAAUAGUAGGGAUAACAGAUGCUCUGGAUGGGCCACACAACAUUCUACAACUGUGGUUCGUGCACUUCAGCCCGGAGCGCUGCCUCCAGUCCUUGGCAGCCCACAUCACGGACCUGCAGAGGAUGCAAGAGUCAGGCUUGCAGCACAGCCUGGACCAGAUCUGUGUGGUUAUGGAGGCGGUGGUUCGGCCUGACCUGGAGACGGAGGAGGAGGCUUUGCGUGAAGAGUCCCCUCUUUUAUCCAGUGGAGUGAAUCCAAAUAAAGAGCCCGUGACAUGCAACGAGCUGCUCCACCUCGUUCCCAAGGGCCCACCAGAGGUGAUGGCCCAGCAGCUCCUGGUUAUCUUCAGCGGAUGCUAUGUCCGGCUCCUGGUCACCGGCCGUCUCCCUCGGGCCGUGGCAGGGGGGCACCUGGAGCACAGCAGCGUGCCCUGUCUCUGCCAGUUCAUCAAGACCACCGCGCUCAACACACACCGGAGCUGGUUCAUGGGCAGGUGACCAGAGGGGGCUGGAAAACGCUGAAAUAAAAGCUGCCCAUCCACAACAGUGUGAAGAAGCCAUGGGGCAGAGGAGAGGGCUAUAACUGUGCAUCCUGGACUUAUCCAGAUGAAUGAGUGGAAAUAUAACUCUAAUAAAACAUGCAAGACACUCACCAGAAA